AUGGGCGCGUUCCAGAACUGCGAGGCCUGUACGACGGCCGAGCCGACGACCGAGGCCCCGGCCGUGACGCCUUCGACGCCCAAGCCGUCGCCGACCGACGAGGCGGCGCCGGCCGAGCUGGCCGAGGCCAUCGUCGGCGCCAUCGCGGCUACCGUGGCCGUCGAGACCGUGGCGCACGUGCAGCAGCAGGCCGUCCAGGCGCCGGUCGCGACCGCUGCGGUUGCCGAAGCGGUCGAAAUGAUCAAGGAGGCGCUUGUCUCGGAGGUCGUGCCCAUGACCAACAAGAAACUCUUCACGCUGACCUCGGUCAUGUACGAAGCCGACGAUCCGUUUGGGAGCCUCGCCGCGCUUGUGACGCUCUCGCCCGUGUUCAUCAUGGUCAUGUAUGCGACGCUGAUCGUAUUCCAGCGCGACUUGCACGUCAUCUGCAUGCUUCUGGGCCAGAUGCUCAACGAGAUUGUGAACCAAAUUCUCAAGCGCACAAUCGAUCAAAAGCGCCCGGAUGGCGCCGAGAUGCAUGACGCAGGCAUGCCCUCGGCCCACGCCCAGUUCAUGGCCUUCUUCGCGACAUACGUCGUGCUGUACACGUCCAACCGCAUGAGCAAGCGAAGAGAGUGGGAGCACAAGGUGGCGAUCGUCGGCAUCGUCGCACUGGCGUUCCUUGCUGUGUCUCUCGCAUCCAUCUCGGCUACCAUAGCUACGCCCAGGUCAUUGUCGGCGUCGCAGUCGGUGCUGGUGUCGGUAUCCUCUGGUACAUUUGCAUGGAACGCAUUUUGGAGCCGCUGUUUCCCAUGAUCGCGGCCCACAAGUGGGCGCAGGAGCUCUUCGUCCGCGACUGCUCGCACAUCCCAGACAUGGUGCAGUUCCAGUACGACGCGAUCACGAACAAGAAGACAAAGUACGCGAUGUAGAAAUCCAUAUCCUGUCUGCC